AUGCCUAUCAAGCCCCUAGCCUUCAAGGGCGACAAGAAGUCCUCGUCCUCUAAGAAGCGCAAAGCCGCUGCCGCCGGCCUUCACCAUGACGCCCUAGAUGGCCCUCCUUCAACCACCCUAACCACGUCCGCACCGUCAACUCCAGCAGAUGUCAACGCCCCAGUGGAAGACGACACUUGGGUCACCGCCGACGCGCCAACAGAUCUCACUGGGCCCAUUAUCUUCGUACUACCUACCCAACCUACUCCCUGUGCACUUGCCUGCGACGACGCGGGCUCGGUCUUCACUUCACAACUAGAGAAUCUGAUCGAGGGUGAUCCUGCGACGGCAGAGCCGCAUGACGUGAGGCAGGUGUGGAUCGCUACGCAGAUUCCAGGAGCAGGAGGAGGGAAUGUGUUGGUGAGUUUCAAGGGGUCCGGUGGGAGAUAUUUGGGGUGUGACCGAGGUGGCUUUCUUAGGGCGGACGCUGUUGCGGUAGGGGUCGGUGAGGGCUUUAGGGUCUCGGUAGCAGAUGCUGAAGAGAAUGUUGGGAAGGGCAGGUUCCUGGUUGGGACUGAUGCUGGCACUGGGGAGGGGAAGGAGAAAGAGCAGAAGAUUAGGUAUGUCUUUGUCGAAGAGAGGAGGGAGGGCAGUCAAAAAGCUUGGGAGAUCAGAGGUGAUGGAGAAGGGAUUACUGAUGCUUCAAUGCUACGGAUACGGAUGCAAGCUCGAUUCAAGCCGAGGUUAAAGGCCAACAAGGAAAUGAAGGCGAAGGAGAAGAUUAGCAGGAGGGAGUUGGAGACGGCCGUCGGAAGGAGGUUAGAAGAUGAUGAAGUGAAGAGGCUUAAAAAGGCCAGGAGAAAUGGAACCUAUCACGAGGAAGUGCUGGAUGUCCGGGUGAAGGGGAAACAUGACAAGUUUGCCAGCUGA